UUGACCCUGUAUGCGCAUGCGCACUGACUACUCUAGAAGCGUGUAUCAUGUCCUCAGUGUUAUAGACUGAGUGUCACUUUCAUGUUUAUGUGUUUGUGUGUUUGUGUGUUUGUGUGUUUAUGUUAUGAAAUCGAACAUUUUGUACGCGAGUAAGAUAAAAUGCUGCAGUUUCCGGCUACAUUACUGAGCUCAGGUGUGUUAAAGUGUGUGUGCAGGAGUGUGUCGUCCAAAACUGGUGGAUGGAAGCCCAAGAAAAUCCCUGAGAGAUCCCUGGGACAGCCGAGUCCCUUCACACACCCUCACCUCAUCAAACCGGGAGAGGUGACUCCCGGUGUGACUCAGACGGAGUAUGAGCUGCGUCGGCAUAGUCUGGCAUCCCUGGUUAAGUCCCGUGUCCCCGACUCGUCCCACGUCCUCAUUGUCCUGUCUCAUCCGGUGCGCUACAUGACCAAUGACAUCCCGUACCCGUUCCACCAGAACCAGGACUUCCUGUACCUGACCGGUGUGCUGGAGCCUGACUGCGCCCUCGUUAUGUACGGCUCUCCCCGUCCUGACCGCACCCUGCUCUUCGUCCCACCCAGAGACCCUGCCCGGGAAUUAUGGGAUGGCCCGAGGUCGGGGAGAGACGGAGCUGCUGCUCUCACUGGCAUCCAGACUGUCCACAGCAUCGAGGAGCUCGGCUCUGUCCUCAAAGCCGUUAAAGGACCUGUGUUGUGGUAUGACGGUUCUCAGCCGGCUCAUUCUCAUCUCCAUCAGACCCAUGUGCGCCCCCUGCUGGAGGGACAGGUGUCGGUUCGCCCCCUGCGGUCACUCAUACACACUCUCCGGGCGAUGAAGAGUCCCGCUGAGGUGGAGCUGAUGAAGCAGGCAGGAAGCAUCACAGCACACGCUUUCAGGAAAACCAUGGCCUCGUGCCAAGGGGACGUUGACGAGGCGCUGAUCCACGCUAAGUUUGAUUUCGAGUGCCGAGCGCACGGUGCCAACUUUUUAGCAUAUCCUCCGGUGGUUGCUGGAGGAAAACGGGCGAACACGCUACACUACAUCAACAACAACCAGAUCAUCAAGGACGGAGAAAUGGUGUUGUUGGAUGGAGGAUGUGAAUAUUUUGGCUAUGUCAGCGAUGUCACACGCACAUGGCCUGUGAGUGGAAAGUUCACUGAGCUUCAGCAGUGUGUGUAUGAGGCCGUGUUGGAGGUCCAGUUGGCCUGCUUGUCUCUGUGUGUUCCUGGAGUCAGUCUGGAUCAUAUUUACUCGUCCAUGCUCACACUGCUGGGCAAACAGCUGCUGCAGCUCGGUGUGUUACCCCACGGCACCAACCACGCUGACGCUCUCAAGGCUGCACGGCGUUACUGUCCCCAUCAUGUGGGACAUUACCUGGGUAUGGACGUUCAUGACACACCUGAGCUGUCUCGCUCUCAGCCCCUGCAGGCCGGCAUGGCUAUCACCAUCGAGCCUGGUCUGUACUUCAGUGAGGAUGACGAGUCGUGUCCGCAGCACUUCCGAGGUCUCGGUGUGCGCAUAGAAGAUGACGUGGUGAUAAGAGAACAAGGUGGUCCCCUGAUCCUGUCUGCACACACUCCAAAAUCAGUGUGUGACGUAGAAAUGGCCUGUGCACAGGUGGAGGGAUAAAAGUGUGCUCACCUUUAGUGUUCACUACUGUCCAUCAAGCACACCCUCGUCUCAGGAAUCGGCAUCUAGGACACGGAUGAUGACUGGAGACGUCGUAACUCACUGACAGUGUGCACCGUGUGUGUGUGUGCGUGUGUGUGUGUGUGUGUAUGUGUGUAAAAAUAUGAAUGUGAAUGACCUCUCCUGGUUGGACUCUUUUAUUGGAAGUGUUUUUUCCAGUCACAUUAAAAUUUUAACAUUAAGAUA